CAAUACUGUUCACGACUCUGUGUGAAAGUGUUUGCAAUUGCAACAUCGAGAGAUGGAGCUCGUGAAAAGCAGAAGCGGCCCUCAGCGCGUGCGGCUAUAAUGAUGUGUACCUAGGUGCUUACCGGAUUCGUGGAGUCACAUGUCGCGUCUCGGUCGUGGCAUUCAGAUCGUACUUAAAUCCAGUACUGUGUGAGUGGUACGAAUGUAGCUGCUGACGCCCAAAGCUUGCUAGAUGUUGAAAUUAUAGACUUUUGUGAUCCACAUGAGCAGGUGUGACAGGCCGCAAAAUCGACCACGAAGCUGCUUGCUGUUCCAUGGCAUGUGGUACCACCUUCGACAUGGCGCCGUUGUUCUUGAUUUAUAAGACCGUGGAAAGACGAUGUAGUUGUUAUUCAUUCAUCACACGCCUUUCCAGCGAGCCUGAUUGAUGGUCCUUCAACCUCGAGGUCAGAAGAUACACAGCAUCCAAGGAGCAGUCCCCACGAUGUCAGAGGCAAGCGGCUCAACCCAGCAGACACAGUGCAAUGGUCUCUGGCAGCCGAAAAUCGUUCUAUCCUCGGGCGAUUCGAAGCAAUCUUUGACUACUCAAGGCUCAUAUGGACAAGGUGCAUUGUGGAGCGGCGGAAAGCAACAACAGUCUGCUUCAAAGACUACUUCCGACAAACAUUCGCAGUAUGCUGAGUCGCACGCCGAUGCAGCCCAUGCAAAAAGGAAUGAUCCCCUGCACUAGGGAAGGCGAUUUUUAGCGUCGCCCAGGCACGACACCAACCAAGUUACCUUACCAUAAGUAAAGGCAACCUGAUCUGGACUUCGCAUGGCUGGAAAACAAUCCGGAAGCAAUUUUGGCACGCAAACUUGGAUCAGUAGAUAUUAAAUUCAAAGGACGUUGUUGUGUUCAAGGAAACCUGCAUGCCGAAGGCUUUGAAAAUAACACGGCAGGCAAAUGUGGCGAAGGGAUUGCGAGACGAAAGCAUUGGUCGAUAGUCUGGCGCCUGCACCUCAUAUUCUGAGGCUUCAGCGGAUGGAUUAAAUGAACUCUUGGACGGAUAGGUCGUCAUUGAGCGUUGCGAAAAAACUUUGUCAACAUUUUGGCAUGAGCGGCGUAGUCGUUCCUGCCUCCUUUCCGUAGUGCUAUGAGUAUUGGCGUUUUCCCCUGUGCUCGCGAAUAUCAGGUGUUGAC